ACAGAACUCACUCCCCACAAGGCCCGAUAACGUUCGAAGUUGUUAGUCUUCACUUUAAUCCAAAUAUAGGGGAUUCUAUAAUAUGGCUGCGUCGGGGGCUUGCUCUGAAUGAGCAAGCUGGAGCAGUGCAGCGGAAACUGGGCGCCGGAUGUAGUGAAGUCCGGUCCAAUAAAUAAGACAUGAGCCUGCCUGGCUGCACCGCGACGAGAGGGAGAUAACCAGACACGAUCUGAAGCGUCCAACCUGACAUGUUCGGCCGGGGAAUGUUUUGCGUAUGUGUAUGAGGGACAGUAGCUUUUGACGGAAUUACCACAGCCUCGAAGGGGAGGCGGCGGCGCCUCACCCGGAUGCUUGCCAACACCGGCCGAAUUCCUGUUUGGAAGCCGCUGACAGGUCGCUGAUCUCCGGGGCCGAACGAGGCUUCGUCGUUCUUCUGCGGAGUACGGGACUAUUUUGUCACGCGGAUGAGCGUUUAAAUCACCAGAACAAAGACACUUAUUAAUUUGCCAGUGGCUCUAAGCUGUUCUCCCCGUGCCUGGGCGAGGUUUCUCCAGCUUCCUCCCACAUCCUAAAAACAUGCACGGGCCCCAUCCUCUCUUUACUCCAACGUCCCUCAAAUACCUGCCUGUGUUACAUGGAAGGGUUUUGGUAGAGGAGAAAUACAUGGACAACAAAGAAUAAUACAGAUUUGCCUCAUUGUACCUUCAAUAACAAGAAAUGACACCAUGACUAACUGCAGCCAAAGAAAUGUGUGGUGCGGAAAUCCAGAAAUUUUUUUAACUACCAGAAGAACCUUGGACGGAGCACCUAAUUUUCCAUAAUCCCUACCCUUAAUCUACACCCUUUUCCCUUCUUUGUUUUGAUUUCCUUCUAUUUCUUUUGUGUUUUUCUUUUUCUUUUUUUUUUUGCCAAAGCCUGCUGUGGCCCAUCCCUCCUUUUCUUUUUCUUCUGAACCUACCGACCUGCUUGCCACCGUUCACCUCCCAAUCGUCUGGUCCCUCCCCAACACCUUCAUCAUUACUGUCAUAAUUUUCACACUCAGCAGCCUCCACUUGCUCUCUUUGGCGCUGUGUUCACCAUGGCAACAGCCACUGCAGCCACCUCUUCCUCCCCGCCACCAUCCUCACCAGGAACCAAUGGCAGCGCCCGGGAACACCUGAUGGCUGUUAGGCGCCGUAACCCUCAUGGUCGACCAUACACGAUCGGGCCGGAAAAUAUGCGCAGCCUGUCGGACUCUCCCUCCCAGGCGUCCUCAGUCUUGAAUUCAGGGGGCCAGACGGAAGCGGUUGGGGUGGGACUACAGCGGGCCAACAGCGACACAGAUCUCGUGACAUCAGACAGCCGCUCCUCACUAACGGCAUCCACAUACCAACUUGUACUUGGCCAUGGCCACCUUGUCAUCUCGUGGGACAUCAAAGAGGAAGUGGAUGCCACAGACUGGAUCGGACUGUAUCAUAUUGACGAGACAUGUGUAGCCAACGUGUGGGACUCCAAGAACCGUGGUGUGAACGGCACUCAGCGAGGCCAGAUUGUGUGGAAACUAGAAGCAGGACCCUACUUCAUGGACUAUGAGACUAAGAUCUGCUUCAAAUACUAUCAUGGUGUGAGUGGAGCACUAAGAGCCACAACACCUUGCAUCACUGUGAAGAACCCCAGAGUAACGGUGGGCAGUGAGGAUCAAACGGGGGGCCAUCCAGGGACGGAACACUGUCGUAAACUGGUCAGCUUCACUCUCUCAGACAUCCAGGCAGUGGGCCUGAAGAAAGGCAUGUUUUUCAACCCGGACCCUUACCUGAAGAUGUCCAUCCUGCCCGGGAAGAGGACCGGCCUCCCUAAAUUCACCCACCACGGUCAGGAGAGGCGGACCUCCAUUAUUGCCAAUACCACCAACCCUGUGUGGCAUGGGGAGAAAUACACUUUUGUGGCUCUGAUGAGUGACGUGAUGGAGAUUGAAGUGAAAGAUAAAUUUGCUAAGAGCCGUCCAAUCUUCAAGCGCUUUCUGGGUCAGCUGAUCGUACCCGUGCAGAGACUUUUGGAGGGACCUACAGCAGACCAACACCCAGUCAGCUACAGCUUGUGUCGCCGGCUGCCGACAGAUCACGUUAGUGGGCAACUUCAAUUCAGAGUGGACAUCACCUCCACACAUGAAGAUGCAACAGGAACCAUUUUGGGCAGUACCGUGAACAGCGACCCUGGCAGUCCAUCUGACGAUGAAGAGCUUCCGCAACCCCCCUCAUCUUCUCGGCUUGCAUGCACCUCUUCCCUCACAAGCUCAGCUGAUAGCCCCCUGCUAGUCAAUGGUGCUUGUUACUACGGCAACAGCAGCGCGUGGCAGGAGGGCACGAUCCUGACUGCUGCGGGCGGCCACACCCACAGGCAGGUUUCCCUAAAUGACUACUUGGACGCCAUUGAGGCCUCUGGGAACCCCGUGGAGCGACAUCCAACAGGACCGUCGCCAAGACUCCGCUCCAGUUUUCCGACAGACACGCGUCUCAACGCAAUGCUCCACAUAGACUCUGACGAGGACGAUGAGAGUGCAGGGCAGCGCAGUGCCCAUCUGGAGACAAGAUUGCAGAGGACUACAGACUGUGACAUUUCUGGUGGGAGCGAAGGCUCCAAAUGUGAACUAGCUGGGGCGGGAGGCUCUCCUGUCACUGAGUCGGAUCAAGCCGGUGCAGGAAGUGCAGCAAAGCUACAUAUGGGGGAAGAGUUGGUGAACAUCAACACAGAUGUUGCUGGAGCAUCAGCACAUGUCAGUGGAGAAGUGGAUGAUAGUGUUUCUACUCAGGCUACACAACAAGAAUCAACAAGUGAAUGCACAUGCGGUGAACAAAAUUCCAGUAUCAACUCCAACCAGGACCCAGCCUGUAGUUCUUCAUAUAGCUGUGGCCCACUUUCGCCCAUUCAGGAGGUGGAGAUACGGACGGAAGUGGCCCCUAGGGCAGAAGAGGAAAGGGCAGAGCUAUCGAGCAGUAACAGCUUGGCGACUUCUGCUAUGACGACCACUAGCGACAUAGUAACCUGUGAUGCAGGUGUUGUCAACCCAGAUGUGCUGGGACAGGAGGAGGAGGAUGAACGAGGGGAGGUAUGGAAGAGACGGUCUCUACGGGCUGCUGAAGUGGCAGCCCAUGACCAAGUGGCAUGCAGGGCCAGAGAAGGACUGACCACAACGUUAUCGGAAGGAGAGACCGGGGCCGUAGCUCAAGUCAAUGGCCACGUCUCUGUUCACACACUGCCGUCUGUACGCCAUGACAUUAGUCGCUACCAGAGGGUGGACGAACCCCUCCCACCAAAUUGGGAGGCGCGAAUUGACAGCCAUGGGAGGAUCUUUUACGUGGACCACGUGAACAGAACCACCACCUGGCAACGGCCCACUGCCCCGGCUGCUCAGCAGACACUCCAGAGGUCCAGCUCCAUCCAGCAGAUGGAGCAACUGAAUCGCAGGUAUCAGAGCAUCCGGAGAACGAUCACUAAUGAUAGCAGAGCAGAGGAGAUGCCAGCCAAUGAACAACCAGCAGAUGAAACCGAUCUGCACCCCUCCUUUCCAGAGCUCCGUCGGGACAGUAGCACAGCUCAGUCUAGUUCUCGAUCCCGCUUAUAUCUGCUGCUCCAGUCUCCCAGUGCAAGGUUCCUCACCAGCCCUGACUUCUUCACUGUGCUGCAUUCUAACCCUAGUGCCUAUCGCAUGUUCACCACCAAUACGUGCUUGAAACACAUGAUCAGUAAGGUUCGCCGGGACACGCACCACUUUGAGCGCUACCAGCACAACAGGGACCUGGUAGCAUUCCUUAACAUGUUUGCCAACAAACAGCUGGAAUUGCCUCGAGGCUGGGAGAUGAAGCAUGACCACACCGGGAAGCCUUUCUUUGUGGACCAUAAUAGUCGAGCAACCACCUUCAUUGACCCUCGGCUGCCCCUGCAGAGCUGUCGACCACCAAGCCUGUUGACUCAUCGUCAACACCUGACCCGCCAACGCAGCCAUAGUGCUGGUGAGGUCAGCCCACGACGCCUGGUGGGCGAAGAGUCCCGUCAUGCCGGUCCGCCUGUCUUGCCAAGGCCCUCAAACACCUUCUCAUCUGCCAGCAGGGGUCAGGUUCCAGACGUUGUGCCCGUGGCGUACAAUGACAAGAUUGUGGCUUUUCUACGGCAAGCCAACAUCUUUGAGAUUUUACAGGAGAGGCAGCCAGAUUUCCAUCGGAAUCAUUCACUUAGGGAGAAAGUCCAGUUAAUACGCACAGACGGCGCGUCAGGAUUGGCGCGGUUGUCAGGAGACGCCGACCUGGUCAUUUUGCUAAGUCUCUUUGAGGAUGAAGUUAUGUCAUAUGUGCCUCCUCAUGCCUUACUACACCCCAGCUACUGCCAGUCACCACGGGGUUCUCCUGUCUCCUCUCCACAAAACUCACCUGGUACCCAAAGAGCAAACGCCAGAGCUCCAGCACCCUACAAGAGAGACUUUGAGGCCAAACUACGCAAUUUCUACAGAAAGCUGGAGACCAAAGGUUACGGCCAAGGGCCAGGAAAGCUCAAAUUGAUCAUCCGCCGUGACCACCUGCUAGAAGAUGCUUUCAAUCAGAUCACAUGCUACUCCCGCAAAGAUCUGCAGCGCAGUAAGCUGUAUGUCAGCUUUGUGGGUGAAGAGGGAUUGGACUAUAGUGGACCUUCCCGAGAAUUCUUCUUCUUGGUCUCAAGAGAGUUGUUCAAUCCUUAUUAUGGUCUGUUUGAAUAUUCCGCCAAUGACACAUACACAGUCCAGAUCAGCCCCAUGUCAGCCUUUGUGGACAAUCACCAUGAGUGGUUUCGCUUCAGCGGUCGCAUCCUGGGUUUGGCUCUGAUCCAUCAGUACCUUCUGGAUGCCUUUUUCACUAGACCCUUUUAUAAAGGAUUACUGCGCAUUCCGUGUGAUUUGAGCGACCUGGAGUAUCUAGAUGAGGAGUUUCAUCAGUCGCUUCAGUGGAUGAAGGACAACGACAUUGAGGACAUGUUGGACCUCACAUUUACCGUCAAUGAAGAAGUCUUUGGACAGAUAACAGAGCGGGAGCUGAAGGUUGGUGGAGCUAACAUCCCUGUGACGGAGAAGAACAAGAAGGAGUACAUAGAACGGAUGGUAAAGUGGAGGAUCGAGCGUGGUGUUGUGCAGCAGACGGAAAGCUUAGUCAGAGGCUUUUACGAGGUGGUGGAUGCUCGGUCUGUGUCGGUGUUUGAUGCCAGGGAGUUAGAGCUGGUGAUGGCGGGCACGGCAGAGAUUGACUUGUCCGAUUGGAGGAACAACACUGAGUAUAGAGGAGGUUACCAUGACAACCACAUUGUGAUCCGUUGGUUCUGGGCAGCAGUUGAGAGAUUCAACAAUGAGCAAAGACUUCGACUUCUGCAGUUUGUGACCGGGACAUCCAGUAUUCCCUACGAGGGUUUUGCAUCUCUGCGUGGAAGCAACGGACCUCGGCGAUUCUGCGUGGAGAAGUGGGGCAAAGCAACAUCUCUGCCUAGAGCUCACACCUGUUUCAAUCGUCUGGACCUGCCUCCCUACCCAUCGUUCUCCAUCCUGUAUGAGAAGAUGCAGACCGCCGUGGAGGAAACCAGCACAUUUGGAUUGGAGUGAGACGCCCUUUCUAAUGGAAUCUAGAAGGCUAAAGAAAUUCCUCCCUUUGUGUGAGGUGGUACUUGAGGGCAUUUUCCAAAGCAGUUCACAUCGGUGGACCGUUAGACUUUGGAAUCAGGAAGGGUUCAAUGUUUGCUUUCGGGUGAAACAGCGACUUAGAGACAGACCAGGAAGAACCACAGCGCCUUGCGGACCACAAUCAGGGAGUGUGAUUGGACCUAUCGGAGCGGAGGAGUCCAAAGCGUGACCACCUCAACAAAGUGAGCUUGAAGGAUAUAGAACCUGUCUUAGAGAUCAAUCCUCUAGUCCUGAUAUGGGUCAUCACACGGCCAAGUGUUGUUAUUUGAAUGUAAGGAUUUUAAGUAUGUAAAAUAUUUGUCUCUAGUGAAUUAUGUGUUUUCAUUAAAUCUUUGCUUAAUUUAUGACAGGCAUGACAGCUCCAAAGGUUCGAAAUGUCAAGAGACUGAUAUUUUUCAACCCAUUUGGGAUGACUGAGGAAUUACUUUGUUAAAAUGUCUAGCCCCUCUACAGUAUUUGUUGCUAUCAGUAUUUGGUCCUUGCAGUAGACCACCACACAUUUGGAUUGUCUUUAAUAAGUCAAAAUUUUAGCUGUGAAUUUUGUUUUGUUUCUAUUUGUUUUAACAGGAGUAAUGUGCAUUUGUGCAUUGAUCAAAGUGAUUCACUUUCCAUCUUUCUACUUUUUGAUUGUCGCAGUAUUUUUCACUGCACGCUGAUGUUUUCCAACUCACAUGUUUUUCCCUUAAAUGACUGAAUAUAACACUGUCACAGUUGUUACAAGCGUCGCUAUCGUUUCCUCACACAACACUGCCUUCCCUCUUUCAAUAUAAGAGGAACCAACCAAAGUUUUGGGCACAAACGACCUUGUCUAUGUGGACACCGCACCAUUUUGCAUACGAAUGUUGUCAGCACUGUCCUAAAAAAAUAAAGUUCCAUCUCUCUCUAUGCAAAACGCUGUUGUUGUGUAGUUCAAUCACCAACAGCAUGAUUCCAAGCGGGUCAAACAAGUGGUAAAAUGUUUCAUCUUUAGGAUCGUUUUGACUAUCACAGUGUUGUAACACUCAAGAUAGUUUUUGUAUCGGGAACACAUUGUAAAGGUCCUGACCGCGUCUCGGACUAAUUAACUAGCGGGCCAGAUUCAGGAUUUUCUGUCACGACCAGACCUGAUCUGCUAUUCUUUAUACAGAUAAUACUGAUAAGCAUGUAAUAAAAUGACAACUUCAAUUCUUGUUACUAAGGUUUCACUCCCCCUUUAUA